AAAUAUGCCCGACUCUUCCAAAGACUGAAUUUGCUGAUGUUACUGCUGAAAUGUAUCCACUGGGGACCAGAUUGUCUUACGAAUGUGACGACGGCUACAUGAGAAGAAGUGGCCAGUACUCAGGAAUUCGGUGUCAGAGUAAACACCAGGUUGCUUCUUGGAUCUACAAGGAAUUUGAAUGCAUCGAUGAGAAAAUUUUGUUGUCAAUGGCUCCCAAGAUGGACUUAGUUUUUACACAGAAGCCAGAAAGAAAAACACAGAGUCCUGCACCCCAGAAAAGAGAAAAUCUUUCAGAGUUUGACCAUAAAGAUUUUUGUGGUCCUCCCAAGAUUAUUCCACAUGCCUCUUUAAGCCCGAACAAACAGUAUUACGUGGGACAAGUAUUACAUUUCAAGUGCCAGAGCGGUUACGAUAAGCGACUCCCCACCUCUGGCACCCGCGUGUGCAAGAAGGUGAAUGGCAAAAUCAUUUGGACCUCCCUUGACAUGCGAUGCACCAAUGGCAGUGAUGAGUGGCUGCCACAGACUGUUGAGCCAGAUUUGCCUGUUUCCCUGUGGUGCCUGGUUCAGAGUGUUGCAGGUUCGAGUCAUCCAUCCUUUUCCUCAUCUGUGAUACUGCCAGUGACAGCUAUCUUUUUUGUU